AUGGAUCCCCCGUCUCCACCAGACCAUCCACAGCAGCCAUCCCCUAAACGCAAGCGUCCCGCCGCAGACCGCCGCAUCGCAAUCGCUUGCCAGCCAUGCCGCCAACGUAGAAGCAAGUGCGACGGCCAACGUCCUUGCAGCGUGUGUGCUUCGCGCUCAGAUUCAGAGUGCACAUACCAGCACAGCGAUCGACGCGUCUGGAUCUCCCAAGCUACAUACUUGGGCCUCUUGGAAGAACGCGACGAGCUCAAGCGCCGCUGCAAGGAAAUGGAACAGUCCCUGGCGGCCAUGUCUGUCGCCGAAAAGGGCCCACCACUGAAUCCCAUUACCCCCACGUCCGUUGAGACCCGCCUUAACGCGGACGAGCAUCCACACGACGACGAUCUCGAGGACGACGAGGACGAUGCCGCCAUGGCCACGGGUCGUCUCCUAACCGAUGAGCGUGGUGUCGCGCGUUACAUGGGCGACUCGUCUGGCGCUGCCUUUUACUCUGCGCUGAUGGAACUCCUCGCCCUUGUGCUGCCCCCCGAACGUUCCGUCACGGGCCCACACGCGUCGACUUCAUACCACACCUGGGACUCUCGCCCACUGCCGCUGACCCGCGCAAACCCCUUCAUCCUUCCCCCCGUCCACCUUGCACGCCAGCUCGUAUCCAUUUUCCUCCAGCAUUGCAGCGACAUCUUCCACUUUGUCGCUCCAGACGCAUUCAAAGCCGACGUUGACGCCAUGUACGCCACGGGCGGGACCUUCCAACCCCAAGGCUCAGCCGAGGUGUGGCGCCUGGCCCAGUUCUACCUGGUGCUGGCUCUCGGGACGCUUCACACGCACUCGUCGCCGCUGGACCGUGCUGCUGGCAAUGAAGAGGGCGACUCGAGCUUCCCCGGUAUCGACUACUUUGCGCGCAGCAACGUGCUGUUGGUCGGCUUUGCCGAGCACUCGAGUCUCGACGCGGUCAAGGCGCUGGCGUUGGCGGCAUACUAUCUCUUGUCGGUGUGUCACCGAGACGCUGCCUAUGCGUACAUUGGUGCAGCCAUGCGCACAGCCAUCUCGCUCGGCAUGCACCGCAUGACCUCGCGCCGGGACGACGAGCACACCAAGCUCGUCUUCUGGACAGUCUACAUUCUCGACCGCCUGAUCAGCUCCACCCUAGGCCGUCCAGUCCAAGUCCUCGACGACGAAAUCUCUACCCCCAAGCCAUUUGCUCCCAACCCCAAGCUUCGCGCAGUUGGCUUGGCGGCGCAUGUGCACAUCGGCCAGCUGCAGACCGGCAUUGUCCGCGACCUGUACGUCACUUCCAGCAGGGACAAGUCGCGUCGCCUGUUCUCCGUGUCGGCGGCCGUCAAGCUCUAUUCUGCCGGCGUUGCUGUCGCGCAAGAGUUGCAGCAAUCCGAUUACGUCUUCACCAACCCUCGCGCCGAGGUUCUCCUCAAGCUCGCGUGCAACCAGACGCUCAACGUCAUUUGCCGCCACGCCAUGCUCCACGCCCUGCGCAUGCGGUGGAGGCAAGGCAACGCCUACGCGUUUGACCUGCUUGCCGAGUCGCCCAUCACCAUCAACGCGAGCGGCGAACUGGAACGCAACCUAGCCCGCCUGUGUACCGACACGGUCGCCACGGCGCUCGACUCGGCGCACCUCAUGCAAGUGCUCUACGCCACGGGAAUGUGUCUCCCCUGGUGCUUCUUCGACAGCCACUGCGCGUACAACGCUGGAGUGGUUCUCCUCCUCUCCAAGUUGGUCGACCCGCGCCCUGUCGACGACGAGGUUGCGACCACCAAAUCAGUGCUGGCCACGCUCGCUUCGUGCGGCAACGAGUCUGCGCAGAGCUGCAAGUCGAUUCUGGACACGUUGACCCUCGCUAUUGAGCAGGUCCCCACUGUGAUCCCUCCGAUGGAUGAUGCACUCGUCAUGCCCGAUGCCCCCCAGUCGACAAACGAAUGGGUCGAGUUGCUCCAGUCGCUCGGAAUGUCUGUUUGA